AAGAACCUAAUGCAGUUGACGACACAAGAAGUUGACAGUGUUGACACAACACAAUGUUCAAUUUCUUUUUUAAUUGUAAUAAUUAUCUAAAUAUUCAAUAUUCAUAGAUAAACUACUUAACUACUUUACUACUAUUAUUUGUUCUUGCAUGGUUUUUGCUGAAUGCUGAGGUGCCCGAAGUGGAGGUGUAUGGUUUUGCUUCCAAUUUAUAUAUUAUAUCCAUACUAAAUUGAGGAAUAGUUUGGAACACUUUGGAAUAGUGCAAUCUGGACAAUGUCUAAUGAUUGGGGCAUCAGUAAUUCCACCAGAAUACCCAAAAGGAAAGCUGAUAACUUGUAUGAGCCAAACAAUGCUUACUGCAAUGUAGAAAACCCUGUCUUAGCAAACUCAUACUAUAAUAAUUAUUAUAACCAGUAUGACCAGACACAGACACAGUGGCAACAAGGAAUGUCUUAUUCACAGACCCAGGGAACAAGUUCAGUGGAGCCUAUUGCCCAAAAUAUAUUCAAAACAUUAUCAACUAUCCAGGAAAAACCCAAAAAUCUUCAGAGAAAUAUUUUCAAAGAUACUGUUCCUGAUGUUGAGGAUGAAACAUUGCCAAAAGAGUUGACUGCAAUGUUUCAACCAUUGUUCUGCAAGUUAUGUUCAGCCCAACUUAGUAGUAAUGUCAUGGCAAAGUUACACUACAAAUCUAGAAAUCAUGAAAAGAAAAUUAAGAAAUUUCUUAUUGAUUACUCAGAGAGAACUGGAGAACCUCUGCAUAAAAGAGCAAAAAUAGCUGCCACCCCAAAAACUGAGGAAGAGCUUAACCCUAGAUGGUUUCAUUGUGAUGUUUGUGAUUUAUCUUUAACAGGGAAACAACAUGCUGAAUCACAUUACAUGGGAAGGAAUCAUCAUAAAGCAGUAAUGGGACAGAAAGCACCAGCUGGCAGAGGGUUUUUUAAUGCUGAAGGAAAGUGGGUUAGGCAAGCCGUCCCGAAGAAGGUCAUCCUGGCCAACGGCCAGGACACCUUCGGCAUGGACUUCAAGAAGGCGGCUGCAGGACCGGCGGCCUCUGCGCCCGACCGAUCCGACGCGCACGCGCCGCAGUCGCAGUUCUUCUGCGACCUGUGCGCGGCCAGCUGCACCACCAAGGAGCAGCUGGAGAUCCACCGCAAUGGCAACCGGCACCAGAAGAAGCUGAAGCAGCUGGGGAUGGCGCCCAAAGUGCCGGCGGCGGUUGCCACUGCCAAGCCAGGCGAUGCAACGCUAAUAAACUCCAAUCCCACCAAUACUUGCCCCAUAAAUUCUAUUCUAGCUUCAGAAAAGAAGGCCGAAUACUGGCUUUCUGCAAACGAGUUGAAACUCAAUGAUAACAAAACAAAUCGCAUUACCUUUUCAUCAAAAGCCCAUCAUGGAGACACUGUCAAACUUCUAGGAGUUAAUCUUGACGAUUCACUAAACUGGUCAAAACACAUUCGAAUACUUUGUUCUAAACUUUCCACUUCAACCACAGACAAUUUAUCCGUGUACCGAACCCCGUCAGGUGGCUACUACUGUCCCACAUGCAACUUGGCGUUGAAUUCCGAAUCGCAGUUCUUGCUCCACGUGAAAAGCAAGGCGCACAUGAAAAAGGCCGCUUCGCAGAAGCAGGACAAGUAAGCGUCUGAAAUGUCUAGUCGAGCAAAAUAUUUGUCGCAUUAAUUCGUUCUAUGUGGUAGUUUUAAUUGAAAAUGCAUUCAACUAACAUUCAGAUGAACAUAAUGAAACGUUGAUUAUUCGACACAGUGGCGGCUCAUGGUAAACAAUUUUGGGUACAAUAUUACCUUUUUCUGCAACCGACACAAAAGUCGUCCAUUUUGAUACCAAAAUUAGCUCUUAAAUUGACGUUUCUAUUACUGUCACAAAAAUAGGUAUGUUGCUAGGCAACAUAUUUAGUUCCUAGGAGCUAAAGUUGAAUUUUAGUUCCUAGGAACUAAAGUUGAACUCUAGCUCCUAGGAACUAAAAAGGAUCUACUGGACGUCAUAAAGAAUAAACAACAUUGUGACGGUUGGUUAUUUGGGUUGAGACGCAUACCUGAUUUGUUUCCGAUUUCAGCAGAUUUGGCAUUUCAUACCCAUGCUGGAGGUAUAAAUACACCCUAUUAUAGUUUAGUAUUGAAAUUAUAAACAUCUCAGUUAAGUAUUUUUGUUUUGAUCAGGGAAGCCUUCAAGAUUCAAAUACUUGCGUGAUCUGUAUUUCAUUCGUUAUUCUCGGGAUGGAUAACUUGUUUUUGUAUAAUCACGGCAAGCAAUAGUUUUUAUGUCUCAAACAAAGAUAUUGUUUAGCUUCAUUUGAUUAUCAAGUCGAACACAGUGUAGUAUGGAGAGGAAUAAAUAAUCACUAUUAUCAUUGUUGGUAUGCUCACUAACCUAACAUUUUCCACAAUUGUUCCUAUAGCUGGCACUGGCGCGGUUUUUGGCAUAAGAGCACCUGGUCCAUACACAAGUAUGUCACUCUGUGGUUGUAUUAAUAUUGAAACUACAAUUCGAACAUCCUAGAAAACCCAACCUGCUAUUAAUGCAGGUAGAAUAUUCUCACCACAUGGAUUAUUUGUCAAUAUUUGUUGCAUUGCAUAUAUUAGGCACCGCAUUGGUGGUUACUUCACAUGUUUAUAUUGAGUCAAUUGUUUCGGUUGCAGAAAAAAUAGCAUGUUUCAUUCGGAUCAAAAGUGACUUUGUUCGACUCGCAAAUUUUGCUUUCGCUCGGCUUCGCUAAACGCUCCGCCUCGCAAAUGCAAAAUUCGCUUGUCAAACAAAGUGUCACUUUUGAUCCUAAUAAAACAAUCUACUAUUUCCAACAACUGUCAGAAAAACUACACUUUUUUAAUAUUUGUGAGCCUAAAGUGUAUAAUUUUUCAAUAUGAAAAUACUGUUUCAUUAUUUUACGGAAGUUUGAAAAGAGUACACUUUUUUUCACGGUUGUCGCUUGGCGAUGGAAUGAAUGCUUGCGUGAAAGGAGCCUAUACAUUUCGUUGUUGAUAAGCUGUUUAGUUUGAUGAACAAGUGCGAACACAAAUGGCGCAAAACCGAAAUGUGUUGCUGCAAAAUGGUCGUUUUCGCGAGCCACACACCACACACUUCGAUUUUGUGUCAUUUUUAUUCAAACAUACUCCUUUACGGGAUUCAGCAAGGCAGCAAGCGAACGAAUCAAGGCGACUGACAUUUCAUGUAUGAUUUGAUCAGCAUCGCUGACCUCGAGCGGGAUGAGCAAUUUAUUAAAAUUAGGCGAAGGUGGCUCUGGCUAUUUUGUUCUCAGAAACCAGGUGUUAUCAAUAAAAUGACAUGAAAUGAGUGAUAGUGAUCGCGAAAAAAUAUCAUUUAAUCAUUUACAUCAUAAGUUGAGUGAGGUUGUCCUCUUUUUGACAGUUGUAGGAAAACUAUUGUAUGUAACUAAUAUUACACGGUCUUUUUUGUUUGCGAAUUAUGUCUUUAAAAGUGUCUAUUUCGGAUAUGAGCUUAUUUUUCAAUAGAUAACAUGGAAAGAGCUGUUAUACGAUCCUUGAUCAUUGAAUUUUUGAGAAACGUUUUGUUUUAGGGUUGAGAAACAUCUUUCGGUCUCUAAUCUUGUCAUGGGAGUUGUUUCCACAAUUUCUAAUAAUGCUCUUGUCUCCUUCAAGGUGUAGCCUGAAUUGUUUGCUAUGACAAAUAUUAAAAGGCGUAGCGUGCCAAUUAGUGUCCUACAUUUUAUAAAUGACAGACAGUGCAGUUUGUAAUCGUUCUUUAUUC